AUGGGCCCCAACCACACACCAGAAGACCGGAAACCACCGGCAAUUGAAGCCACGCCCAGGCCCCUAUCCAAAGCCGACCUCCUCCAGCGCCUAGCUCCGCUCCCCGUUGCCCCUCCACCAGCGGCUCCAGUAGCCGCAUACCAAGCCCCCGUCAAGGUAGAUCACCCUGACGCCUAUACGGGGAAAAUCGGGAAUGAGUCACGACAAUGGCUCACAAGAAUGAUGGCAUGGGUCCGCCUUAACCAGCGCAUGUUCCCAACAGACCAGGAGGGCCAUCAUCCAAACGGUGGAGGACUUCAGAGGGAAUUCCUGGCUGCAUUUGGGAACCCAGACGCCACAAGGGCCGCGGAGCGGCAAAUCACCUACCUCACUCAGACAGGCACCUGUGCUGAGUACAUUACAAAGUUUAGGACCAUUGCCAUGGACCUAGACUGGAACGACGCCGCCCUUUGUGGGCAAUUCGCACGUGGCCUCCACUGGGAGGUCAGCCGCCUCAUCGCCACCCGAGGCGGCGCCCCACUACCCUCCUGGAGCUGCAGAACGCAGCCCUGGUCAUCAACAACGCCCUCCGCGAGGAGCGUGCCAGCCACCUGCCUAAGGGUAGCCACAAGACCAGGGCGCCUCUCCAGUGACCCAACUUUGUCUCCGAGGAGGAGCGAAACCGCCGCAGGGCUGAAGGCCUCUGCAUCAAAUGCGGAAUCAAAUGGCUGGAAACCCAUAAUCCUGAAAUCAACUGGAACCAACGUACCCUCUCCUUUCCCCAUGCGCAACCAGCACGUAGCCAUCGCCGAAGAAGAGGAAGCAGACAAGAACCCCCUUGAAGGAGUACCCCCGAGUACCAUCAAUAUGCCAAGCAUGACCGACGCUGAAUCCGCCACGCUCAAGGAUUGGCUCAGGGACGAGCUCAAGGCCGGAAAGAUACGCCCCAGUAAAUCUUCCAUCAGUUCCCCUGUCAUGUUUGUACCAAAAAAGGAUGAAAAUGUCUACCCGUUACCCCGUCCUGAUGACUUGAUGGCCCAACUCCGCGGCGCCAAGGUCUUCACCAAACUGGACCUACGAUGGGGUUACAAUAACGUCCGGGUUAAAGAAGUCCCUGGUUAUGACCUUUGGUUUGACAAAUGCCCCGCCGCUUUCCAGCACUUCAUGAACGAGUUGUUCAAGGACUUACUGGAUGUAUGCGUCAUCAUAUACUUAGAUGACAUCCUGAUUUACUCCAAGGAUGACGCAUCCCACACUCAGCAUGUUCAUGAGGUCCUACAGCGCUUACUGGAAAACCAAUUGUUUUGCAAGGCUUCAAAAUGCACAUUCCAUGUGACUUCCGUAGAAUACCUGGGAAUCAUUGUCUCGGAUAAAGGCUUUAGCCUGGACAAGCUCAAAAUCCAGGCGGUACGAGAGUGGCCAGUUCCAUCAAAGGUCAAAGAAGUCCAGUCAUUCCUAGGUUUUGCCAAUUUUCUUCAAAGGUUUGUUGCCAACUUUAGUCACAUAGCCCAACCCCUGCACAACCUAGUAAAAAAGGAUACACCCUGGAAAUGGGGCACCAAGGAACAAGAGGCCUUCCAGAACCUGAAGAAUGCUAUCACCAAAACGGAUGCGUCCGGCGCAGCAUUAGGCUCCAUACUGAGCCAACGCCAGGAAGACGGUCGCUUACACCCCCUGGGAUUCUUGUCGGAAUCGUUCAAAGGUGCCGAACAAAACUACGACACCCACGAUAAAGAACUCCUUGCAAUCAUCCGUUCCUUUGAAUAUUGGCGAAUCUUCCUGGAAGGAACAACCCACCCUAUCACAGUGUUCACCGACCACAGGAACCUUGAGUAUUGGAAAGAAUCUAGGACCUUCAACCGUCGUCAUGCCAGGUGGCACCUCUUGUUAGCAGGAUAUAAUUUCCAAAUAGUCUAUCGCCCUGGUAAACAGUCCGGCAAACCGGAUGCAUUAUCCCGCCGCGCCGACCACGCUGAUAUCCCACCUGCUGACCAGACCAUGCUUCCCAACCCUGUCUUCGCCAACGUUGCACUAGUCACACCGGAAAAGGAACUACAACGCCGCAUUGAGUCAAGCCUAGACCAAGAUGAGUCCCUGGAAGAGAUCCUACAGUUCCUACAGAACGAAUCCAAGGCCCCGCCCUCCAUUAAACGCGCGUUCAAAGACUAUGAGAUGGAGGCCGGCCUACUAUUUUACCAAGGACGGAUUGUGGUACCUGAUGUAGGGACCCUACGAACGGACCUGCUGCGAAUCUUCACGAUAGCCCAUUGGCUGGCCAUCCAGGCAGGCAGCGGACCCUAG